CCCCGGAUGUUUACACCAGCCGGAGACGGAACAGCUGAAAGAGAAAAACAAAGCCACGACGACGAGGGCACUAACAACUAAAUAGUAGUGACACCGCCGCUGGACGAACCAUUUUAUACCAUUCACGCUGAAUAUAAAAGGUAGUGGAGACAGUUCUGUAACUCCUCAAAACAUAACAAUGGGACGCAUCUUCCUGGACCACAUUGGCGGAACACGCCUUUUCUCUUGUGCAAACUGUGAUACUAUCCUGACCAACAGGUCUGAACUGAUCUCCACACGAUUCACAGGAGCCACAGGCAGAGCAUUCCUCUUCAAUAAGGUGGUGAACCUCCAGUAUAGUGAGGUCCAGGACAGAGUGAUGCUCACCGGCAGGCACAUGGUGAGAGAUGUCAGCUGCAAGAACUGCAACAGCAAGCUGGGUUGGAUCUACGAGUUUGCUACUGAGGAUAGUCAGAGGUACAAAGAGGGACGAGUCAUCCUGGAGAGGGCGCUGGUGAGGGAGAGUGAGGGCUUUGAAGAGCACGUCCCCUCAGACAACUCAUGAGGUCUGGACAUGGCCAUGCCGUCCUGUUCCUCUCCCUCAACCCCUCGCCUCUGCCCUGCACAUCACCACCUGCAGACUUAGUGGCCAGUGAAGCUUUGACUUCAACCCCCACGGUCCUUCCAUGUCUCCGGUACAUGACCUUAGAGCUCUGCUGAUUAAAAGAAUAGUGUGCUGGAUCUAUUCUCGCUGAAUUAGCUUCCCCCGAAGUCUCCCUUGAUUACUGUGUCACCGAGCUGUCCAUCCCCCCCAACACAGCGAGUCUUACCAUCACUCAAGUGUUUUAAGCAUGAUCACAAAAAACCUUUAUCACUGCAUAUGGUAUUUAGAUACAUGCAUGACAUUACACAGGUCACUCGCGUUUAUAUUCUUCAAACUUGUGUCAUUUACCUAGUUAAUGGAGGCAGUUUCUCUGAGGGUGCUCACUGUCAAGAUCAAGAUAAGACUAAAUGAGCUACUUAAGGCCUCAUUCUGCAUAUUGCUUUUGUUGUAAUUGUGCUUCUGUGUUGUGACUUUUGUCUCAGUGUAUUUGUCACGGGUUACACUGAAUGCAAUUAAGACACCAUGGUAGUUGUUUUUUCCGUCUCAGUUACCUUUUCCUUAGCUUGUGGUUUAAUGGCUGUAAUGGUGUUUAAAAUGUUCUUGUCCAGAUGAUAAAUCCAUGAGGACCGCACAGACUGAUGUCAUAUUUUAAGUAUUCAUUGUUGUGCUUGAUAAUGAUUAAGCAGUUUUUUUUAUCUUGCUUACAUGAUGUGCAUAUAUUUUGAUUGAUGUGACAUUCUUGAAAUGUACAAAAAGUGGCUGAUUGCUGUUGUUUGUACUGUGGAGGUGAUAACCCAUACUACAGAUAGAUCAUUUGAGUUUAGUCAUGCCCAUCCAGAUCCGUCACCAUGCUCCUCAGAGAGAUGCAUAUCACUCAACUGACUUGUUAGAUGCAUGUAUCUUUUAUCGAUGUGUCUUCAGAGUUACAGAGGCAAAGUUUGGGUAACAAUCGGCGGAGACUUCCUGGCAGUCUGCUGACUUACGAAAAGAUGAGUCAUAUUUGAAGGAAAGGGUAACUUCAAUGGAAUUAGUAAAAAAACACCAAUCCGUUUGGUCUUCGGUAUCUGUUUUCUGCAUUUAUCUGCAAAUCCUGUCUCUUAGCAUUAAAUUAAUUUUGGCAUAAUGACCCACCAUCUUUAUAUAAUCUAAUGCUCGGGGCAUGUUUUGUCAUCAGAUGACUUGUUUGUUGUUUCAGAAAGCCAGGCAGCCAUUAUUGGGUUAUAACCCAUGCAAUUCAAGGCCUUGUUCUUGAAAUGCCCAUUUUAUAUGAUCAACUUUUGGAAAAAAUAUUUUUUAUGACAUUUAAGGUCAAAUUGGACUGAGCUCUUGCGCCCUAGUGUACCAGUGUGCAGCGGCAGAGUGUGAACGCCUGUAGGCGUCACCAAAGUGGACCAGCUUGCACUGCUUUGUGCAGUCAUCUUUACAGAAGGGUAAACGUAUAUGACGUCAACACCAUUCAUGACCCAAAGACAGUGCAGUUAACGGUUGCUGUCAUUUUGUUAUUCAUUUGUAGUAUUUUAUGCAUAGGUUUUUAUUUGCUCUACAUUAUUGAAUGUUAUGUUGAUUGAUGUAUUCAUAUUGAGUGUUUUCUUGAUUUAAAAAUUGAAAAAUUAUUGUUUUCUUUUAUGACUAUGGCAGGAUUUUCUCUGAUAUUAUUUCUAAAUAAAGUCU